UUCAGUGCGUGGGCCGUGGGGUUGGGUUUUUAUUUUUAUUUUUUUAUUUAUUUUUUGGUGGGUGUGGACUUCCUGGUUCCUGCCUCCGUAGCACCCUCGCUGUCCGAGACCAGUCCUUUCUUCUUCUUCUUCUUCCUUUAUUUUUUCAUCGUCUUCAUCUUUCUCUUUCUUUCUCUCUUUCGUUGAUCUGAAGCACAAGUAAAGACCAGAGUAGCAGUCUUUUUUUACUGGGUUUUCUGUUCUUUUACAGAUCCAGCACUGCUUUGUCUUGCUGUUUGAUUUUGAUGGACUGGAGAAAUAGUCAGCAACAUAGAAAUUGUGGAGCUUUCUGGUGGAACACGGGAUCAAGUUUCUGGAGCUGGGCAGGACGAAGAAGUGAACUAUUACUUUUGGUCCUCGACACAAUGGGAGGGCUUUGUUCGAGGAGAUCGACUGUUGAUAAUGCCUCCAGUGGAAGCUUUCCAAAUGCCAAUGGUCAUGUUGAUCAUGGGUCUGGUGUUUAUCAGUCUUCCGGAUUAUCAUCAAACAUGGGUACUGAUUUGACUCCCCCUCCGAGGAGGGAAAGCAUGGACAAGCAGUUAGGAGAACCUUUUUCAUUUCCUGAGAUGAACAGCCCAUAUGGAAGCAACCAGGAGGUGUAUGAUGGGAUUCCACGCUACUCUAGGAGUAUGUCAUACAAAUCUAGUUCAACAAAGUCUAAGCAGAUGGCAGUUGCAAAGGUUUCAGGGGUUAGCUCUCUUUUGGGUAGAGCUGGUACUGCUGGGCUUGGGAAGGCAGUGGAGGUCUUGGACACACUUGGAAGUAGUAUGACAAAUUUGCAACUGAACAGUGGAUUUGUUUCAGGCGUGACAACAAAAGGCAAUAAAAUUUCAAUUCUGUCAUUUGAGGUUGCAAAUACAAUUGUUAAGGGUGCAAAUCUUAUGCAAGCUCUUUCAGAGGCCAAUAUAAGGCAUCUGAAAGAAGUAGUGCUUCCUUCAGAAGGUGUGCAAAAUUUAGUAUCAAAAGACAUGGAUGAACUCAUGAAGAUUGCUGCUGCUGACAAGAGGGAAGAAUUGAAGGUUUUUUCUGGAGAGGUUGUACGUUUUGGAAAUCGUUGUAAAGAUCCUCAAUGGCAUAAUCUAGACCGCUAUUUUGAGAAGCUGGGAACAGAACUUACCCUACAAAAACAAUUGAAAGUAGAAGCUGAAGAAGUGAUGCAGCAACUGAUGACCUUGGUUCAUUAUACAGCUGAAUUAUACCAUGAGUUGCAUGCCUUGGACAGAUUUGAACAAGAUUAUCGACGCAAGCUUCAGGAGGAGGAUAAUUCAAAUGCUGCUCAAAGAGGGGAUGGCCUUGCAAUCUUAAGGGCAGAGCUGAAAAGUCAAAAGAAGCAUGUAAGAAGUUUAAAGAAAAAAUCACUAUGGUCCAAGAUUUUGGAAGAGGUUAUGGAGAAGCUUGUAGACAUUGUCCACUUCUUACAUCUAGAGAUUCAUGAAGCCUUUGGCAGUGCCAAUAGUGAUAAGCCUGUGAAGGGAUCUCUGAACAACAACCAACGGUUGGGGCCUGCUGGUCUUGCAUUGCAUUAUGCAAACAUUAUUACUCAAAUUGAUACUCUUGUAUCUCGAUCAAGUUCCGUGCCUUCGAAUACAAGGGACACAUUAUACCAAGCACUGCCACCUAGUAUAAAGUCAGCUUUGCGGUCCAAGUUACAGUCAUUUCAUCUCAAAGAAGAGCUCACUGUUCCACAAAUAAAAGCUGAGAUGGAGAAAACUUUGCAGUGGCUUGUUCCAAUUGCUACUAAUACAACCAAAGCUCAUCAUGGUUUUGGUUGGGUUGGUGAGUGGGCAAAUACAGGGUCUGAGGUGAACCGUAAGCCAGCUGGGCAGGCUGACUUGAUCCGGAUAGAGACACUGCACCAUGCAGAUAAGGAGAAGACUGAAGCUUAUAUACUUGAUUUGGUAGUCUGGCUUAACCAUCUUAUCAGCCAGUCAAGGUCUGGCAUCAACGGUGGCAUCAGAUCUCCCAUUAAAUCUCCAAUUCGUUCUCCCACACAGAGGACAAUUCUGCAAAGCACGCACAAGCCUAGUUCCCCAUCACCCAUGUUAACUGUUGAAGACCAGGAGAUGCUGCGGGAUGUGAAUAAGAGGAAAUUAACACCCGGAAUAAGCAAAAGUCAGGAGUUUGACACAGCAAAGACCAGGUCGAAGCACAAUAGGUUGAGCAAGAGUAGUAGCCACUCUCCAACAAGUGGAAAUAAGACAGAAUUAUUCCCUAUCAGGAGGCAAUCCGCUGCUGUUCCUGUAAUUGAUUUUGACAUAGACAGAAUUAAAGCCUUGGAUGUCAUUGAUAGAGUUGAUACCCUUAGAAGUUUAUAAUAUCUGUUGAUAUACAUGAAUCAGGCGGGGAGCAUAAGGGCCUGCAUGUAUGUAUCAUAUAAGGGUCCACCUGCUGAGUUGUCUGACUCCAUGGAUUCAAUAGACAUGGAGUGCGAGAACCCUACAUCUGAUGUGUUGGUUUGUUGGAAGAGCAAAAUUAUGUAAAGAUGAUUAGGAUAUCAUGGUUGAUCAAAGUGGAUACAUACUUCUGUAUGCGAUGAUAAGGGAUGAAUCAUGGGUAAAUUUUGUUGUACAAGGGGUUUUUAUUGUUAUAUUGUCCCAAAUUCCAAUAGCCUCAAACGGUAGGCCCAUUGGGCCUAUAUGUACAGAACAUGUGAUCAUUUUCCUAAUAAUUGAAGUCCACAAUUUUCUUCUC